GAAAAAGCAGAAGAAGAAGAAGAAGAAGAAGUGUUUCCGGUGCGGCCCGUUCUGUCGGCUUUCCGUCUGAAGUUCGGACAGAUUCGGAGCUGAAUCUUCGUGUGGACGUUAAAUCCUCCUCACACACAGCGCGAGCCGCUCUGCUCUCAGGUGGAUUUUAAAGAUGUCCUCUGGUCUCCUGGAGCCUCCUGGAGGAGAACAGCUCUGUGUCUUCCUGCUGAGAGCUGAAGGUGGUGAGGAGGAGGAGGAGCUGAGGAAGAGGGAGGUGGGCUGCCAGUGGGAGAGUCCAGAGGAGGAGAGGCGGGAAGUGGGCUGUCAGAGCGACUCAGCAGAGAGGAGAGACGCUGCCGUCCAGGUGGACCUGCUGAGUCACUGGAGACACUCAGGCUCCUCCUCCAUGCUGCUGCAGUGUUUACAGCUCAGACCUGAUGGACCAGACGGCGGCGCUCUGCUGCAGCACUGCACCCCCAACCGGACCAGAACCAGAACCAUCAAACCCGCCAUCAGACUCUCCCCCAAACCCCCCCAGCCCCGGUCCAGGACCCAGAGGAGACCGCUUCCUCAGGGCGCCAACACCACCAAACGAAAUCCAACUCAACACCGCCACCGCCGGGUGUCAUGUGAUCCUGACAUACGGGAGGGGGAGGGGGAGGGGGAGGGGGAGGGGGAGAAGGAAGGAGACGAGGAGGAGGAGGAGGAGGAAGAGGAGGAGGUGGAGGAGGACACAGGUGAUCCCAACUGGACUCCACCUGAAGAUGUGGCAUCUCACACGUAUCCCUCAGCCCUGGGGGACGUGCGGCUGGACUCCGACUCCCAGCAUGCACCUGGAGUGGUGAAGCUGGAGCCCGACAGCACCAUGUGUGACGUCUGUGGGAAGGUGAUGAAGAACAAGUCGAGUCUGGCGCGUCACUCCUUUAUCCACACCGGGAAGAAGCCGUUCGCGUGCCACCUGUGCGACCUGCGCUUCAAUCGCCGUGACAACCUGCAGCACCACCUCACGCGGCUGCAUCCCAACGGCGUGGCCAAGCUGGAGAAGCAGCGCGAGGCGACGGCGUGGCUGUGCGCCGUGUGCGGGAAAACCUUCAGCUGCCGCUCCCGGCUGAAGACGCACGAGGUCAUCCACUCGGGCGUGAAGCCGCACCGCUGCGACCUCUGCCCCAAAGCUUACAUGAGGACCAACGACCUGGAGCACCACAAGAAGAUCGUCCACGUGGAGGGGUCCGCCGAGGCGCCGCGGCCCAGCUCGCUGCUCUGCGACUUCUGCGGGAAAGAGUUCCGGUGCCGCUCUCAGCUCGCCGUCCACUUCCAGACUCACACCGGUGAGCGGCCGCAUCUUUGCGACAUCUGCGGCCGCAAGUUCGGCCGCCAGUACCAGCUCAAACGCCACAAGAUCCUGGUCCACGCCAACCAGAUGAACGGCGAGGAGAGCCCGCCGCUCGACGCGCCGUUUGCCUGCGGCGUCUGCGGGAGGCGGCUGAAGUCUGAAGCGCUCCUCGCCGCUCACUCACGCAUCCACAGCGGCGACAAGCCUCACCGCUGCGGCGUCUGUAUGCGCACCUUCCAGCGCGCCACCUGCCUGAAGCAGCACCACCUGCGCGUCCACCUGAAGGUCAAAGUGAACGACGCGCAGCGCGCCGCCGGCCGCAGGAAGAGCGCGGCGCCGGCCAAGAUGUUCCCGUGUCCCGUCUGCAGCAAAGUGUUCAAGUUCAAGUCUCUGCUGGCAAGUCACUCCAUGAUCCACAGCGAGGCGCGGCCGCACGCCUGCGACUUCUGCAGCCGCCGCUUCAGACGCCUCAGCCACCUGAAGAGACACCGCGAGGUCGUCCACGCCAACGGAGCGCGCCUGCCGCAGAGCUUCGUCUGCCACAUCUGCGGCAAAGACAAGAAGUGCCGCUCGCAGCUCGCCAGACACGUCAUCAUCCACACGGGCGAGCGGCCGUUCGCCUGCGACCUCUGCUCCGCCCGCUUCAACCGCAGCGGGAACCUGCAGCAGCACAAGAAGCGCAUGCACGGGGUGGGGAAGGGGGCGGCCGAGGAAGUCCCGCCCAUUCUGUUUGACGACGACAUGACGCCCGCUCUGACGUACAAACAGGAAGAGACAGUGGUGGCGGUCGACGCCGCUGCUGACCGGCUCGAGGACACGACGAACGAGGAGACGGAGGUCGUUCAUCAGCUGGUCGCCACCUGACGCCUUCUGAACUGAGCACGCUCAGGGCGGCUGGCUGAUCUCAGAACGAUGUGAUGGAUCUGUGAACGAUGGACGAUCAGAUGAUCGAUUGAUCCAUAAUGAUCAGAUAUUGAUUAAACGUCAACAUGAUUCAGAA